AUGCUGGAGUUGAACCGCUUUAUUAUGCAGAUCCCGGCGGGUGCAGCUUUGACGACCAUCUUGGACUGCUCAUAUCCAGCUCUACCUGGUGUGAGUCCAAGCUGCAACAUCCCGCCCACCUUCCCCAAGGUCCCACGUGGACGCGUUGAUUAUGACAAGAUGUUCGACUUUGUCACACGGCCAAGGUUCUUGGAGCUUCCUCCACUGCCUGUGCAGCACACGCUGCCGCAGAUCUGGAAGCCCCAGACCUACCCAACCUGUCAGUUACAUUGCUUCUGUGCCGGAAGGCUCCAAGAAUGGCCUUCGGAGCUGCCGUUGGAAGGGACUGUGCAAGGGACCUUCACGUGGGCUUUUGCCAAGGCCUUUGCAGCAGGGGAGCUUCGCUCCACUGUCGCUCAGCAGCAGCAGGCCUUGGAAGGCAUCACGGCCCAAUUGAAGCAACACUUUCAGGGCGUAGAACAAUCACCGGUUCUGAUGCUGUCGCAGUCAGCGAGUUCCAGUGACAGCGUCUUUGCAUGA